AUGUCUGCAAAAACGUUAAGCGAUGAACGAAUCAAUGAACUUCGAGAAAUAUUUUCAAUGUUAGACGAUGGUGGUGGAUACUUGAAUCAAACUCAAUUGGGUACACUUUUAUUAGCAAUGGGUUUUUCAAUACCUAACAUUGAAAUAAGUGCACUAAUGAAUAAAUUUGAUACAGAGAAAACCGGUAAAAUUGAUUUUCCUCAAGUAUUAACAAUUAUUGCAACACAAACAAAUAAUUUAACAUCAGCAGGACAUAGUAAACAAAUAUUAGAAGCUAUGAAAUUAUUUGAUACAAAUAACGAUGGUACGAAUUUUAUUUCCUUGUUGAUGUUAUUUGAAAAUUUUUCUCUUUUUAUAGAUACGAUUUUAGAAAGUGAUUUUCGUUUUUUAAUGACUCAAAUGGGAGAACCACUUACUAAACAAUCAUAUGAGGAUAUGAUCAAUUCUACGGAUGCACGAACAAAAAAUGGACGAAUAAAUUAUAGAAAACUAACGUCAGCGAUCAUUCAUCUCUAA